CGUUAUAACUCUGGUUACACCCAUAAAUGACAAUAACACCCUUAAAUAAAAUUUAAUUCUCAUUUCACCCAAAAUCUUUGCUAUCGUUCUCUCCUAAACCAAAACAGUGGGAUCAGUGGGAUAACUUCUAUGGCUGAUAACGAGGAAGAUUCGAAUAUGCCAAGGGAUGCAAAGAUUAUGCAGUCUUUGUUGAAAUCAAUGGGUGUGGAAGAAUAUGAACCUCGUGUUAUAAACAAGUUCCUUGAGCUAUGGUAUCGCUAUGUGGUUGAUGUGUUAACAGAUGCCCAGGUGUAUUCAGAGCAUGCUGGCAAGCCUGCAAUUGAUGUUGAUGAUGUUAAGCUGGCCAUUCAAUCCCAGGUCAACUUCAGCUUCUCUCAACCACCCCCUCGUGAGGUGCUUCUAGAGCUAGCACAAAAUCGCAACAAGAUACCAUUGCCGAAGUCUAUAGCAGGGCCUGGGUUUCCACUUCCACCCGAUCAAGACACAUUGAUUGCUCCCAACUACCAGUUCGCAAUUCCAAACAAAAGGUCUGUCGAACCUAUGGAAGAAACUGAGGAUGAAGAAGUUCCCAAUGCCGAUCCCAACCCAUCUCAAGAAGAGAAGACAGAUGCGGAACAAAAUCCCCAUCAAAGAGUGUCAUUUCCCGCUAAAAAAGAGACCAUGUCACUGACGCUUUUAUUAGUUGGCGAUGGCUGUGAUAAAAGGCGAAUUUUUGGGUACAUCGAUCACCCCUGCUGGUGAUUCAUUGCUAUCAAGACUAUUUAUGCAAUUUUAUUGUUGUUGUGAAGUGAUUCAACUUUCUGAAUUUACAAAAUACACUCGUACUUUUUAUCUUUGUUAUAAUCUCAGAAUCUAUUCCUAUCCUCA